GAAACGUAGAAGCUCCAUCAGUCUGAGUCAAAACAUCAAUAUGAAGUUUAUUGUUGGAGCACUGUCAUUAACAACGGCUUAUUUGUUUGUCCUUGGACAUAAGUUGCCUCCAGGUGGUAUCACUUGGAUAAACUGCACAAGGCCCAACGAGUUUUAUGAUUGCGGUAGUGCUUGUCAAACCGAAUGCAAGACUCUCGACGAAGUCUGCCCAAUAGUAAACAUCAGAUGUAACGAUGAUUGCUAUUGUAUACCAGGAUAUGCAAGAGAUGACCAUGGCCGUUGUAUCCCUAUAAAGGACUGUCCACCAAAAGAAGCUACCACUAAAGCACCCUGUACAAGACCGUACGAGGAAUAUAAGUGUGGUAGUGCGUGUCAAACGGAAUGCAAGACUCUCCACGAAGUCUGUCCAGUAGUGAACAAACGUUGUCACAAUACCUGCUACUGUAUACCUGGUUACGCACGGAAUGAUAAUGGACGCUGUAUUCCAGAAGAGGAAUGUCCCCCAAAGAACUGUAACAGAGGAUAGUGAGUGUUCCAGAAACUGAAAGGAUGCGUAACUACUUCAUUCAUAGUCUUGUUGAAUAUUUUUUGUAAAAUUUUGUUGUUUCAUUUAUCUAUCCAAUAAAUAGCAGAACUAUGUUCAUCA